UGUACCGGCCGUGGAGGCUUGGAGUCGUAGGUGGGGUCGGUUUGACACCCGGCUCUUCGGAACCCAGCAAGGAAAGGCAGUAAAAAGGACGGGAUCUUCCCCGCGCCUUCGGGACGACCCACAGGCCCUGUCUUGGGCUGGACGGGGCUGCGCUCUCGCCGAGGCCUCGAAUCCGCCCCCUGUCCUCGUCGCCCCGGAGGUGGCACCUCAACCUUGCGCGCGUUUCUACUACGGGGGACAGGCUCGGAGUGCCGCAGUCGGCACGAGGUCGUCCAGCCCGGCGGAGCUGUGCGGGUUCGGCUGAGCCCCCGGGGCGCCCCCCGAUCGCGGCUUCUCACGACCCGGUUCUGCUCAUGGCGGCGGCGGCGGCGCUGGUGGGCCGGGUUCAGGAUUGUGUGACCUUCGAGGAUGUGUUCGUGUACUUCUCCCGGGAGGAGUGGGAACUCCUUGAGGAGGCUCAGAGAUUCCUAUACCGUGAUGUGAUGCUGGAGAACUUUGCACUUGUGGCCACUCUCGGUUGUUUGUGUGAACCAUAUGAUGAGGAGGUACCUUCUGAGCAGAGUGGUUCUGUAGAAAAAGUGUCACAGGUCAGGACUCCUGAAUCAGAUCCAUUCAUCCAGGAAGCCCACCCAUGUGAGAUGUGUGACCCACUCUUGAAAGACGUUUUACAUCUGGCUGACCACCAGGGAUCACACCUUAUGAAGAAACUAUAUACGUGUGGGCCAUGUGGGAAAGGGUUCUCCUUCAGUGCGAAAUUUUACCAGCACCAGAAGCAACAUAGUAGAGAAAGUGUCUUCAGAGGGGAUAAUGGAGGGGCUUCAUUUGUGAAGAGUUGUGCAGUCCACAUGUUUGGGAGAUCCUUUACAUGUAGCGAGGAAGGGAUGGACUUGUCAGACAGCUCUGGCCUCUUCCAGCACCAGACCACUCACGAUUGGGUGAGUCCAUAUGAAAGGACAGCGUGCAUGGAAUCUCUCCCACACAGUUCCAGUCUCAGGCAACAUGAGGGAGACUGUGAUGGACAGAUGGUUUUCAAUUGUAGUGAUAAUGAGAAAGCCUUCCUGAACACCUUUACUCUCCUUGACAACCAGAUAACUCAUACUGUGAUGAGACCUUUCAGAUGCCUACCAUGUGGAAAUGUGUUCAAGGAGAAAUCAGCUCUUAUUAACCACAGAAAAAUUCACAGUGGAGAAACAUCUCAUGUGUGUAAGGAGUGUGGAAAAGCCUUUAUUCAUCUGUCCCACCUAAAAAUGCAUCAGAAGUUUCACACUGGUAAAAGACAUUACACAUGUAGUGAAUGUGGGAAGACCUUCAGCCGCAAAGACACACUUGUUCAGCAUCAGAGAGUUCACACUGGUGAAAGGUCUUAUGACUGCAGUGAAUGUGGAAAAGCCUACAGCAGAAGCUCUCACCUUGUUCAGCACCAGAGAACUCACACUGGAGAAAGGCCUUAUAAGUGCAGUGAAUGUGGGAAAGCCUUUAGCCGUAAAGACACACUUGUUCAACACCAGAGAUUUCAUACUGGAGAAAGGCCUUAUGAAUGCAGUGAAUGUGGGAAAUUCUUUAGUCAAAGCUCCCAUCUUAUUGAGCACUGGAGAAUUCACACUGGGGCAAGGCCUUAUGAAUGCAUUGAAUGUGGUAAAUUCUUUAGUCAUAACUCCAGCCUCAUUAAACACAGGAGAGUCCACACAGGAGCAAGGUCUUAUGUGUGCAGUAAAUGUGGGAAAGCUUUCAGCUGCAAAGACACACUUGUUCAGCACCAGAUAAUUCACACUGGGGUAAGGCCUUAUGAGUGUAGUGAAUGUGGGAAAGCCUUCAGCCGUAAAGACACACUUGUGCAGCACCAGAAAAUCCACACGGGAGAAAGGCCUUAUGAGUGUGGUGAAUGUGGAAAAUUCUUUAGCCAUAGCUCCAACCUCAUUGUACACCAGAGAAUUCACACUGGAGCAAAGCCCUAUGAGUGCAAUGAGUGUGGGAAAUGCUUUAGCCACAACUCCAGCCUCAUUCUACACCAGAGAGUUCACACUGGAGCAAGGCCUUAUGUGUGCAGUGAAUGUGGGAAAGCUUAUAUUAGUAGCUCCCAUCUUGUUCAACACAAGAAAGUUCACACUGGAGCAAGACCUUAUGAGUGCAGUGAGUGUGGGAAAUUCUUUAGCCGCAAUUCUAGCCUCAUUCUACACCAGAGGGUUCACACUGGAGAAAAGCCUUAUGUAUGCGGUAAUUGUGGGAAAGCCUACAGCAGAAGCUCCCAUCUUGUUCGGCACCAGAAGAUUCACACUGGAGAAAGGCCUCGUGAGUGCAACAGUUUUGGUGACUCUUUAGCUGCAUCUCUUAAAAUUGUUUAGCACCAGAAAAUUCACACUAGAGAAAGGCCUUAUGAAUGCAGAAAAUGUGGUAUUUCCUUGUUCAACCUUAUGUGACUCACACCAGAAAAAACCUCUGUGAGUACCUUUUGUGAGAGAACCAACAGGUGAACCUGGGGAGAUUCUUCAUAAGCACCAUAUACAUGGGAUGCUUUCAUGAGGUCUUUUGCACUUUCUAAACUGCCCAGGGCUUUUGACAGUUAUAUCACUGCCAGUGCCUGUGGUGGAAGCCAUCUUAUUGCUACCAGCUGUAUGUCAGUCACUCACAUUUUGCUCAGGGAAGGCAGACUUCUGUGCUCGCUCCCCUGUUCCCUGCAGGGAAUCAUGAGUGUUCCGAGCCCAUUGAAGGUCCUCAUUUUUUCCCUUGUGAUUAGGUUCUGAGUGGACAUAAUCUAGCUCUGUCCAAAAGGAUCUGAGCUAAAGUCUGCUAGGAAUUUUCUGACAAGGUUUCCCUUCAUGGCAAAUGUUGACUGUAAACAUGAUGGUUGUGACUUAUUUGUCCUACUGCCAAAUCACCCAACUUUGGACCUUGCCUGUCCAAUGCUGCUCUGAUUACUACAGUGACAAAGGCCUAUUGUGGCAGCCUUUGCUCUUGGGGGUUCUGUUUACUCUGUAGAAUGGAUUGAGAGAAGAAUUGGGUUCUGUCAGUAUGAAGGGAGGAAUACCUUUUGUGGACACCAUCUUUAUGUGCCUCAGAGGGGACCACAGGAUGACAGAGAACGGUUCUCAGUCUAGUUCAGCCUAAUUUGCACCAUUGUCCUAGGCCUGCUAGGGAAGACUGAAUAACUUUGUGUGCCUAAUUCUGUGGCCUGGAUGUCAGGAUUUCCUGUGAGCCCAGUGUUCAUCCUGAGGGCAUGGUUGGUGAGAAAAUCUCUAGUGUUUGUGGAAACAACAGUUGAGUCCCUUGACUCACAUAUUCCUCAGCAUUGUUGAAGGAUUAAUAUCUUCUGGUCCUGUACAGAAGCCAGUCUCUGACAUCAAGAAUCCCAUAGGCAAGUGCCAUUCAUUGUAAGAUAUACAGGGCAAGAUGAGAAUCAUGAUUGGUACAGAAACACUGAGAUUCUGGAGUGGGGAUGACUGUGGCAAACAAGAUUUUUACAUUGUAAAGGGGCGUCCACAAAUGUCCAUGCAAUUAUGACUGUGUGGAAUGAGGUACAGAAAUUUUCAGGAUGUCCAGACAUCUGUAUUUCCUGUAGCCAAGGCCACUGUCAGAGUAAAUAAUCUAAAGAUUUCUGGAUUUCUGUACCUUCCUGGGCAGUUGACCUUAUGGCCAUCACUGCACAGGCAGGAACCCCAGCACUGACAGAAGAGAAAGCCAGGGAUGGGGAUUCUCUAACCCAGCCAGCAUUCCUAGUGACUGAGGUAGAAAUGGACUUCAUUGCUCUCCAGUUUUUGCUGACAUUGAAGUAGGGCUCACUCUCCUAAAAUGUAGAGAGAGGGAUGUGGUAGAGCCAAAAUAGUUGGCAGAUCUAACUUUCUAAGAGGAAUGGUAGAUAUGGAUUUGUAUGGGGAACAUUUAGUUCUUAACAGCUUUAUUGAGUUAUGAUUGACACACAAUAAACUACAAAUGUGUAAAGUAAAAUGUACUAUGUUUCAGCAUGUCUAUACACCUGUGAAACCACCACAAUCAAGAUAAUGAACAUACCCAACACAACAAAAGAUCCCUGUAUCCCUUUAUAAUCCUUACAUCCUAAUACUUCCUUUUUUUUCUCAGUUUGCAAACAACAGAAAUCAUUUUCUAGAAUUUUAUAAAUGAAAUCAUACAGUAUGUAUAUUUUUGGGGGUAGGGGCUCUGGCUUUUUUGUUUUUGUUUUUUUACUACACUUAACUAUUUUGAGGUUAAUCCAUCAUCUUGUUGCAUGAAUCAAUAGUUUGUUCAUUUGUAUUAGUAGUAUUCCAUUGUAUACUACAAGUUUUCUUUUUUUAUUCAUUUAGUUGCUAAUGGAUGUUUGGAUUGUUUCCAGUUUUUGGCUAACACAAAUAAAGCUCCUGUGAAUAUUUGUGUGCAAGUUACAGCUGAAUAAUAUUUCAUUGUAUGGAUGUACCAGUUUGUUUAUCCAUUUACCUA